AAUUUAAGAAUCCCGUUCCUGCCCAUAAUUUUCUCCCAAACUCUCCCCACUUAGGGUCCGGAGCCGGCCGGACCGGAAUUUAUGCCAUCACUAGAUUUGACAACGGCUCACAUUGUUUUUAUAGAUUUUCCGCCUGCACCGGUAAAAAAAAAAAAAAAAAGAGCAAAGGAAAGCUCUCUAAACUUGACGACUGAGAGAGACUGAGCAAUAGCCAAUGGCAACAACACCAGCGCUAACGGUUCUUCAUCUCUCUCGCCUCGCCCGCCACCUCCCCUUCUCUUCUUCCCCUCUCCUAACACCUCUUCUCUUUCCUUGUGCUCGUCUCCUUCCCAAGCCGCGUGACCUGCCCUUCCGCCGCAGUCCCUUCUUCCCCUGCAACCUCUCCCGCCGGUUCUCCGUUGCCGCCUCAACCUCUCUAGGCCUGAGUGGUGAUGGGAUACUUGAUGAAAGAUAUGAUGUCAUUGUGGUCGGAGGAGGACAUGCAGGCUGUGAAGCUGCCCUAGCAUCUGCUCGUCUAGGGGCAAAAACUCUUCUACUGACACUAAAUAUUGAUAGGAUUGCAUGGCAGCCUUGCAACCCAGCAGUAGGUGGACCAGCAAAGUCGCAACUUGUACAUGAAGUGGAUGCCCUUGGCGGUGAAAUUGGAAAAAUUUCUGACCGGUGCUAUUUACAAAAGCGUGUUCUCAAUGCCUCAAGAGGCCCUGCUGUUCGAGCAUUGCGUGCACAGACUGAUAAACGGGAAUAUGCUAUGGAAAUGAGGAAAAUAGUAGAGAGCACACCAAACCUUUCAAUUAGAGAGGCAAUGGUGACGGAUAUCUUAUUAGGAAAAAAUGACAAUGUAGAAGGUGUACAGACAUUUUUUGGGAUGAACUUCUAUGCUCCUUCUGUUAUUCUCACGACGGGCACAUUUAUGAGUGGUAAAAUUUGGGUUGGUAGAACUUCUAUGCCUGCAGGAAGAGCUGGCGAAUCAGCUUCACUUGGACUCACUGAAAACUUGCAGCACCUUGGAUUCGAAACUGAUCGCUUAAAGACUGGAACCCCAGCACGUGUGGACUGCCGCACUGUUGAUUUUUCUGGAUUGGAACCACAACAUGGAGAUGAAGAGGUCAGCUGGUUUAGUUUUGAUCUUGAUUUCCAUAUUGAAAGGGAACAAAUGUGCUGCUAUCUCACACGUACCACAAAGGUCACUCACCAACUAAUCAAAGACAACUUGCAUGAAACUCCCACUUAUGGAGGAUGGGUUGAGGCAAAGGGGCCCCGGUAUUGCCCUUCAAUUGAGGAUAAGAUUGUUCGCUUUCAGGAUAAAGAGUCUCAUCAAAUAUUUCUUGAACCAGAGGGCCGAGAUGUGCCUGAGCUUUAUGUGCAGGGAUUCUCAACUGGUUUACCAGAGAGACUACAAUUACCACUCUUGAGGACUUUGCCUGGACUUGAAAAUUGUUCAAUGCUGAGGCCUGCUUAUGCUGUAGAGUAUGAUUUCUUGCCUGCUCAUCAAUGUUCUCGAUCUCUUAUGACAAAGAAAAUUGAUGGGCUUUUCUUCUCUGGUCAAAUAAAUGGAACUACAGGCUAUGAAGAGGCUGCAGCACAAGGCAUUAUUUCUGGUAUUAAUGCUGCCAGACAUUCAGAUGGCAAGUCCCUCAUUGUUCUUGAGAGGGAAAGCAGUUUUGUAGGAACAUUGAUUGAUGAUCUGGUCACGAAGGACCUUCGAGAGCCUUACCGCAUGUUAACAAGCCGCUCAGAGCACCGGUUACUUCUUCGAUCUGACAAUGCUGAUAGCCGUCUCACACCAUUGGGGCAUGAAAUUGGGUUAAUAGAUGAUAGACGAUGGAAACUCUACCAGGACAAACAAGCUCGAAUUUCAGAAGAAAAGAAGCGAUUGAAAAGUGUCCGAAUUUCAGGAGGGGAAUUGGCUGCUGAUGUUACUCGUCUUUCUAGUCAGCCAGUGAAGGACUUUACUACUCUGGAGAGUCUUCUCAAGAAACCACACAUAGAGUAUAAAGUUCUUGAUAGGCAUGGUUUUGGGAGUAAACUGUUGUCUAGAAUAGAAAAGGAAUGUGUGGAGAUUGACAUCAAGUAUGAGGGUUUCAUUUCGCGGCAGCAGAUCCAACUCCAACAAAUGGUCCAUCAACAGCAUAGACGACUUCCAGAGGAUUUAGAUUACUAUGCAAUAACAACUUUAUCACUUGAAGCACGUGAGAAGCUCGCCAAGGUGAGGCCGCAAACCAUUGGUCAAGCAAGCAGAGUUGGUGGGGUGAACCCUGCCGAUAUCACCGCCCUCCUCAUUAUCCUUGAAUCUGAUAGGAGGAGAGCGCAGGAACAGAAGAAGCUCCAGCUGCUAAAUUCUAUCAAGACAGAUACAGAUCCACAUGUACCUGAAGAAGUUCCUUUGACUGGGACACUCAGCUCAUGAUAUUUCUGUGCUUUUCAGAAUUGGCAUUUGAGUUGUAUUCAGGUGUAUCUGAAAGUGUCAAUGUAAAGGAACCACUCUGAGGAUCCAGCUAUCAGCUGCUGUGUGUUAACUGCAAGUCUGCAACAGAAGUGAAGAUAGAAGUUAACGUACUAGUGUAGUUGAAGUGCAACUUUUAUAUAACAUGUUUUCAGGCUAUCUAUAUUCUUAGUGGAAACGGAAACUAUCGAUUUAGGUGUUCUAUUUUUAUAUUUAGGAAAGUAGAUUAGGUAACAAAUGUUUUCUUUUAAAAUUCGGAAAUGCAAUAAAUCUAUCAAAGCCAUUUUCACACU